AUGACGCCCAUGGACACUCGCAACGGAGAAGUUACGAUCACAGAUGACACUCUGUUGGACCAACCAUCGUGCUCAAGACUGAAUGGUGUUUGCGCUGUGAUAGGUAACUGCCCACCAGGAACCAGGAUAGAGCUAAGGGGUUUAUGUCCAGAUGAAGAACAAUAUGGCAUGGAAUGCUGUAUACCAUCUUUACAAGCACCGUUCUUCGAGCUACCGUGUAUGAGGAUUGGUGGUACUUGUGCCAAAGCGUUUGCAUGUCCAACAGGGACCAGAGUUGGACGAAAAGGACUCUGUCCAGACCAACAGGAAUUAGGCAUUGAAUGCUGCAGACCCAAUAGGGUGGCGCGACCGGUGGAUAAAACCAAACAAGGACGCCAUCCUGACCAAUACAUGUACAAAGGCAAAACGAACACCGAAAAAACAUGCAUUUUUAUAAACGGAGUGUGCAUGGCAUCUGCAGAUGAAUGCCCCGAAAUUAUGCAGAUAGAAGGCACAUCCGAUUGUAAACACGACGAAAUAUGCUGUAUCUAUAACCAAUAA